AUGGCUGAGCCACUUGUUAGCUUGCCCGCCUGGGCAGCUGUGCUCCUUCUCUUUUUCGCUACGGUCUCCGGAUCCACCGGCCCUGGGAGCAGGGAAAAUCGGGGGGCGUCGCGGAUCCCUUCCCAGUUCAGCGAGGAGGAGCGCGUCGCUAUAAAAGAGGCGCUGAAAGGCGCCAUCCAGAUUCCCACGGUGUCUUUCAGCCACGAGGAAUCCAACACCACAGCCCUUGCUGAGUUUGGAGAAUAUAUCCGCAAAGCCUUCCCUACACUGUUCCACAGCAGCCUUGUCCAACAUGAAGUCGUGGCCAAGUAUAGCCACCUGUUCACCGUCCGAGGCUCAGACCCCAGUUUGCAGCCCUACAUGCUGAUGGCUCACAUUGAUGUGGUUCCUGCCCCGGAAGAAGGAUGGGAGGUGCCCCCGUUCUCAGGCCUGGAACGCAAUGGCUUCAUCCAUGGCCGGGGUGCACUGGACAACAAAAACUCUGUGAUGGCGAUCUUGCAUGCUUUGGAGCUCCUGUUGAUUAGAAACUACAGCCCCAAAAGAUCUUUCUUCAUUGCUUUGGGUCAUGAUGAGGAGGUGUCUGGGUCAAAGGGGGCUCAGAAGAUCUCAGCACUCUUGCAGGCAAGGGGUGUCCAGCUAGCCUUCCUCGUGGAUGAAGGGAGCUUUAUCCUGGAAGGCUUCAUUCCGAACCUCGAGAAGCCAGUUGCCAUGAUUUCAGUCACCGAGAAGGGCGCCCUUGACCUCAUGCUGCAAGUAAACAUGACUCCAGGCCACUCUUCAGCUCCCCCAAAGGAGACAAGCAUUGGCAUCCUUUCUGCCGCUGUCAGCCGGCUGGAGCAGACACCGAUGCCGAACAUGUUUGGAGGUGGGCCACUGAAGAAGACAAUGAAGCUACUGGCAAAUGAGUUUUCCUUCCCUGUCAAUAUAGUCUUGAGAAACCUGUGGCUAUUUCGUCCCAUUGUGAGCAGGGUGAAUGUCAUCCCUCCAUUGGCUCAGGCUACAAUCAACUUCCGAAUUCACCCUUCGCAGACAGUACAUGAGGUCCUAGAAUUUGUCAAGAACACCGUGGCUGAUGACAGAGUCCAGUUGCAUGUGUUGAGAUCCUUUGAACCCCUGCCCACCAGCCCCUCUGAUGACCAGGCCAUGGGCUACCAGCUGCUUCAAGAGACCAUACGAUCUGUCUUCCCGGAAGUCAACAUCGUUGUCCCCGGUAUUUGUAUUGCCAAUACGGACACCCGACACUAUGCCAACAUCACCAAUGGCAUGUACCGGUUCAACCCCCUUCCCCUGAGCCCCCAGGACUUCAGUAGUAUCCAUGGAAUCAAUGAGAAAAUUUCCAUUCAGAACUACCAGAGCCAGGUGAAGUUCAUCUUUGAGUUCAUCCAAAAUGCCGACACCUACAAAGAGCCAGUUCCUCAUCUGCAUGAACUAUGAAUGAGGCAAGGAUCCAGCUGGGUGAGGGGUGCCCAGCACUGGGCCAGGACUAACCUAAGGGGAGAGAGAGCUAGUAUUAAUGAAGGGUUUGGUGGAAACCGUCCUGUAAUGCAGAGUUCACCUGCCUGACUCCCUCCUCCACUCACCAGGGUUUGAGGUCCCAGGAAGAAAGGGAGAUGAACAAAAUCUGGCCUGUCAUCUUCCUGACACCUGCGUUCUUCCUCUGAGUGACACCUACUGCCUUCUGGUGUGUCCUGCCUAUUCGUCUGUCUCACACUGAUAAUAUUAACUAUUCCACAUUCCCAGCCUAUCUUAACAAAUACAGAUUUUGGAAAAAACCUCAAGCAGGUUUUAAUACUAGAUGGAGUAUUGACUUCAGGUACCUGGGCUGGACUGUCUUCUAGAAUUUCCUUUCUCCUGUCUUCUCUCCGACUUGGGAGCUGCCCCUUGGCCUCUCUCUCUCCUGCCUCUGCUUCCUUCCUCCAAUCUCCAGUUCAUUCCACAUCUGGAGUUAAGACUCAAACUUAGAAGCUCCCAUUAUCACAGUCAGAUAAAAGGGUCUGUGUAGUGAAAAAUGUCAGCUGGUCUCUGACAGGUGAGCUUGAGAUGGAGACUUUGAGAGAACCCCAGAACUCCUGGUUCCAGAGGCUUAGCCUCUUGGGAUUUUGUUCCCUGAUCCCUACCCUGUUCCUGCCACCUGCUGUUCGGCCCCACCCCGGGAAGCACUAAUCUACAGAAGCCUUUCCCUGGCAAGGUGUAUGGGCUGAGCUCCCAAGAGAGGAACACUCAAGAUCCAGCUUCUCAGUGGCGCCCUAGCCCUGGCCCUGGCCCUGGUGUGUCCUAUUUCAGAAUGACCAAGGGGAAGUGGAGGACAAGGAGAGCAAGAGAAGCAAGGGGGGGGGGGUAGCUCCCACUAAAGCAUAGCAGGGCUCCCGUCUUCUCUCUGGACUUCAACCCUAGGCUGUUUGAAUGUGCCCAGUAGCUGCCAGGUGGGGGGCACUGGGAAGCAGCCUUUCUUGGCUCAAGGCCAGCAUCUGUGCUCUGUGGCUCACAAGGGAGUGGGAGUCACAAAGGGAGACACAGAAAUGGAGCUUGGAAGGCUCCUCCCCUCUCCAGACUAGGACCUUCUGUGUCUCCCAGGGGUUCGAUAGUUCUAGGUUUGCUUGCCCCUCCUCAGAGAUCCCCAUUCUCCCUCACUUCCUCCCAGGAUGUGAACUGUUCCUUGAAGCUCUGGCUUAAUGGAUAACGUUUAGAAACAGUGUGAGGAUUAUGCAAGCUUUUUAGCUACUCCUGCUAAGAUUCACAUUCCUUCCCCCACUCUCCCUUUUUGGCCAAUUCAGUACUUAUUCAGCCUUUGUUGGAAGGCAAGCUUAAGAACAAAAAUAGUCCUUCACUUUUGUGCAGAGCCCUACGAGAUAGUCUUAUAGAUGCCUUAUCUCAGCCCUGUGAACAUGCUAUCAUUACUCCUUCCUACAGAGAUGGGCUCUAUUCUGGAAACAGUUGUUCAAACCUUCAUUACCUUGCUCCCAGCCUCAUCAGUAUUCUCUGAUCCUGCAUCACCUACUCCCCAUCCUGCACCACCUACUCCCCAUCCUGCAUCACCUACUCCCUCCUGAUUUCUUCUUUAAUUCUCAUGACUACUGUGGCAUGAGUGUGUACCCCACAUUUGUUAUGUUGUAAACAUAAUCAUAUGAGGAAAGUAUUCACAGGGAGGGAACAUAGCCAUCUGAGGCUUGCCUUGGUAGGGUUAUUAGGAUUAGACAAGGCAUGGGGCUGAGCUCCAUCCUUGACUUAUUAAUGGCUUUUUAAGGAGAGAGUUUGAGAAAAUAGACACAUUUAACCUGAUUUAGACAAUGUGCCAUGAAUACAUGUGUCAAAAUAUCACAGUACUUCACUAAAUUAAGGGAAAAAGAGAGCAGAAGACAGACAGGUUCAUACAUGUAUUCCCUGUGUCUUGCCAUGGUCCUAUACCACCUCUUGCACAAGGAGACCCAGCCGUCAGGGGGCAAACCAAUGUUCCCCACGUGAUUUUAAUGCUCCAGAGCUGUGAGCCAAAGUAAACCACCUUUCUUUAUAGCUCAACCAGGUUUGUGGUAUUGUGUUCUCAAAAACAGAAAACAGAGUAACAAAGUUUGAAUGUGCUAUUGCUCCAUUUUAUAAAAAUGAAGUUCCAGGUUUAAAAAUUCCAAGGCUACACAAGGCCAUGCAGGUGUUAAGGACAGAUCUAUCUGAAUUCAAAGUCUAUGCUGCUAGUUCUGAAGAGAAAACAGACUCCCAAAAGCCCAAGGUGACAGAACGUUAAGGAACAGCUCUAAAACUAAAAGGAGGUCCCAAUUCCCAUGUCCUGACUCCCCAAAAUACUGUGGGAUUUGGCUUAUUCCUUGUGACCCCUGGGGAAAGGGAGACAACAAAGAUUCCUCCCCAUUUGGAAUUAGUUCCUUGCUCCAGCUCUGUUCCCUGGGUUGACCUCUCCCUAUUCACACCUCUCCCUAUUCACACCUCUCCCUAUUCACACCUCUCCCUGUGUCUGCCAGCACAUCUGCCCCUGCUCCCACUCUCUAGGUUCAACUGUAUUCCCUCUGGGGGGGGGGGAUAAUCACACCUCUAAUGAGCACAGAGUGCCUGGAGGGAGGAAGGGCAGGGAAUUUGUCCCCUUCCAUCUCACUUCCUUUUCUAGCUUUAGAAGGGAUAAGAUUUCUGAAACCCCCAAUGGGAAGAAAGACCCUUGAGGGGUGUGAUGGUGUGUAUAUGCCCAACCCAGGGUGUGGCACUAUUAGAAGGUGUGACCCUGUUGGAGUAGGUGUAG